UGUAAAAGUUCCGCACGAAGUUUUUGUUUCAGUGCAGCAGGUGCGCGCGGAAAGGCAAGAAGGUCACACGAUAGUUUUCUUGCGUCCGGUAACGAUCAAUAACCGCUGUGUGCCUGCUCUCUCUCAUGAUGCUCGGGCUCACUGUCAUUGUUUUAUUUGUAUUUGUCGGCGGGUGUGUGGCGGAUACUCCGGCUAACUGCAGCUAUUAAGAUCUGCUGGGCACCUGGAUAUUCAGUGUGUCUGAUGUGGGUCAAGAUCGAACCAUCAACUGCUCCAACACAGGUAAAGCAGUGGCAACAGUGACUGUAGAUCUGCAGAAGUUGUAUGUAGCUGUGGAUGAUCUCGGUCACACCGGGUUCUUCACGCUCAUCUAUAACCAGGGCUUCGAGGUGGUGAUCAACGACUACAAAUGGUUUGGGUUUUUCAAGUAUUCUCAGCAGGGUUCAGAGGUGACCAGUUACUGUGAUCAGACACUGCCCGGUUGGGUUCAUGAUGUGUUGGGGAACAACUGGGCCUGUUUUACUGGAAAGAAAGUGCAACCCAUCCCGCCUCGAACUGACUACAACCCCUUGCUCGGAUACAAACACCAGCUGCUCAUGAAGCUGCCAUACACUCACAACAUGGAGUUUGUGGAUCAAAUAAACUCAGUUCAGAAGUCUUGGAGAGCCACAGCGUACAGUCACCAUGAGACCUACACCAUACAGGAGCUGCUGAAGAGAUCAGGAGGGCGUGCCUCCAGUAUCCCACGGCGUGUCAGGCCCGUGACUGUGGCUGCAGGUAUCGGUAAGGUGGCAGCUGGACUUCCGGAGCGCUGGGACUGGAGAGAUAUAAAUGGAGUCAGUUAUGUCAGCCCUGUCCGCAACCAAGCAUCAUGUGGUAGCUGCUAUUCUUUUGCCACUAUGGGAAUGCUUGAGGCACGAGUCCGAAUCCAGACAAACAACACGCAGCAGCCCAUUUUCAGCCCACAGCAUGUAGUGUCCUGCUCCCAGUACUCACAAGGUUGUGAUGGAGGUUUUCCAUACCUGAUUGGUAAAUUCAUCCAGGACUUUGGCAUUGUAGAGGAGGACUGUUUCCCUUACAUCGGGGUCGAUUCUCCCUGCAAUGUCCCUGACAAGUGCGCAAGGUACUACGCCUCCGAUUAUCACUACGUGGGUGGAUUUUACGGCGGAUGCAGCGAGGUGGCCAUGAUGCUGGAACUGGUCAGGAAUGGCCCCAUGGGCGUGGCCUUUGAGGUGUACCAGGAUUUCAUGAAAUACAAAGAGGGCAUCUACCAUCACACCGGCCUCCGUGACACCAACAACCCGUUCGAGCUGACCAAUCAUGCAGUGUUGUUGGUGGGGUACGGGACAUGCCAGAAGACCGGGGAGAAAUACUGGAUCGUGAAGAACAGCUGGGGAACUGGAUGGGGUGAGAACGGCUACUUCAGAAUCCGCCGCGGAACGGAUGAGUGUGCCAUUGAGAGCAUUGCAGUAGCAGCAAUGCCAAUCGCCAAGCUUUAAGAGCGUAUAGACUUAUUGUUGUCAGUUUUAAUCAAAAUGGCAUCAUAUCAUGAUUUCAAAAGUGUAGACUAUUUUUCUGCCUGAAAUUUUUAAUCUUACUGUCCUUUUAAUUUGUGGCCAAGUUGUAAAUCUGUGUCCAUUUUCAAGUUCACCCUGAUCACCUAACCUGUCUGCUUAAGCUGUGUAGUAAGGUAUCUUCAUCUGUUUCAGUUAGACUUUGCUGACAGGCAACUACAAGAGCCAACACCUUUUCAUGUGAAACUUGUACUAAAGUUGAUGCGGUCUCAUUUCUUCAACUGAGGGCGAGGAAAAAGCUUGUGCUUAUCACAACAUGCUGCACCUGUUGGGCUAAAGCUAUGAGCUUUGAGCGCACUGUUAGAUCACCAAAGGAAACUUUGCUAGUCUCCAGUUUGUUCCAUAGCCAAGCGGCGGUCACUCUUGGGUGUGAAGUAGAGUCAAGUAAGUCUGCCCUCAAAGCACCAUGUUUAGCAGCUAAACACUCAAGAGCUACGUACAAGCGGAGUGCUUGCCUGGCACUGCUGAAAGACUACGAAAGAGGACAAAGCAACUUGUUCAUGUCCAAGCUGGCGUCCUGCCUAGUCUCUGGGACUCCCCUCCCUAAUGUCUGUCAUCUUUCUCUACUCUUGCAGUUAUCUGUCAACAAAGUCUACCUGAAACUAGUCAGAAGACUCUAGACUGUAGACUCUCAAUGCUUACAGGCAAUUCAACCAAGAUAUACAAAGUUUUCUGACUUGUGCCUGUCAAACUCCAAGCUGUUGGUGCUAAUGUCCUGACUCUGAUAUUCAGACUUUCAAGGGAUUCUGCCUCCAAAGCACGACAUUAAGCACCCAAACACUCUGAGCUUGAGUGCUGAACCCACCUGGCACUGCUGAAUGACUGCCAUUGUCCCCUUUUCCACAUUGAUAUUCAUUCAGCAAAAAUGCAAUAUGAGUUGGGUCUUUUGAGUUGCCUGUUAACAUUGUACGCUCAAAAAAACUGGUGCUGGUGUCCUGCCGUGUCUCUGGGACUCUUGACAAUGCCAUUGAUCUUGUGAAGUCCAACUGAAACAAAGUGAAACUUGAUUUAGUCCUUCAGUCUUCACUUUUGUUGCAAGGUUCUUCUAAUUGGCCUGGUCUAAUUCCAUGCAAGCCAAUAUCUGCUCCAUCUCCAGAGCUUUGACCUCUCUCUUGCUGACCUCCCGGGGAGUGCUCACGAGACUCAUCUCCUGUACCUCCAAUAUCUUCGGCUUUCAAACAUUGCCGUUAAUUUUAUGACACUAUUCUGACACUCCCGUUUUUGAGAGCCACUUUUGUUUCUCCAUCUUCCAACUCCAGCUCAGUUUUAAUCCUCUAGAAUUAACCGCUCUGUAGACCCUCAUCUCCUGCUCCUCCAACAGUUGCUGCUUGCCAUUUUUAUUGGUGAUUCUUGGCCAUCCUACAAGGAAAUCCUCUCUUUUCUAGUUUUAAUAUGUAAAUUGACUGCACAUUGACUUUGUAGAUCUUGCCUCUAGAUUUUGCAAUGUCAUCCUUUGAGCCACCUUUGUUACCAGGAUAAACCUUUGACCCAUUCACGGAUCUUGCACUAUAUACAUUUGCACUGUGACUCUCCCAAUGGUCUUGUCCCAGCCUUUGUUCCUUUUUAGUGUGGAUUUCCAAAGGGUUAAACUCUUUCCUUUUGGAUCAGCAAUGCCAAAAGUCGAUACCAUUGCUGAGAUGAGUCCACGUGCUGGAACCCCAACAUCUAAUUUCUCAACUGCUUGGUGUGUUUGGGUUUUUUCAAAAGGGAGUAUUUUUUUUAGAUUUGAUUGAUCCAUGUAAGCUCAAUGACACACUGCAGUCUGCAACGACACUUUAUAUCACCAUUUUAAUUGCUUUGUAUUCAGAGAUCAUGUAUUUUUAAUUUUUUUCCCAGGAAAACCUGUUCCUGUUUGAACAAUCAUUUUAUCAACAUAAUUCAUAAAGGGAUGACUGUUUACAGUCUUGUAUGGCUAUUUGCCAAGAGUAUUUGAAUGUGUUUUACCACUGAUUAUGCCAUUUCUGUGUCAUUAUCUUGAAUAAAGUUGCUUUUUAAUGUA